AUGGCCGCUCUUGCUUCGAAGGUACAAUCACAAAAGCUCUUCGAGAAGUUGAAGACAAAGCCAGCAAACAGGAUUUGUUUUGAUUGUGGGGCAAAGAAUCCAACAUGGACUUCGGUGCCUUUUGGAAUUUACCUCUGCCUUGAUUGUUCCUCGAAUCAUCGCAACUUAGGGGUUCACAUCUCCUUUGUACGAUCGACGAACCUUGACCAAUGGCAAUGGGAUCAAUUACGGGUUAUGAAAGUUGGUGGUAACGAAUCUGCUACAAAAUACUUCCAAUCGAACGGAGGAACCGCAGCCCUCAACAGCAAGGACCCUAAAACUAAAUACCAGUCAAACGCGGCCACCAAAUACAAGGAAGAAUUGAAAAGACGUGCUGCCAAGGAUGCUGCAGAAUACCCGAACGAAGUUGUCAUUACUGAUGCUGCGAGUGAUGCUGCUGACGGAACCUCCACACCUGCCGGCGAACCUGAAGACGACUUCUUUUCUUCUUGGGAUAAGCCAUCGAUCAAACGACCAACUCCUCCAGUAUCUCGAACUGCCACACCACCUGUCGUCGGGCGAACACCCUCACCCUUUCUCAACGCUGGCGCCAAUGCUGCUGGUAAUGGAAUCGCAAGAGCAACAUCGCCACUCGGAAAAACAGAAGGCUCAGCUGCAGCGCCUACUGCUAGCCGUAUUACAUCGUCCGCAGCAUUGCGCAAAGGGACCACGACGGGGGCAGGACCACGAAAAGCCAAUGUUCUCGGUGCCAAGAAAACCAAGUUGGGUGCGAAGAAGGUCACAGGCGAUGCGAUCGAUUUUGAUGCUGCCGAGCGAAAAGCAAAGGAGGAAGCCGAGAGAAUUGAGAAAUUAGGCUAUGACCCUGAAGCUGAAGAGGCUGCGACAAAGAAGUCAUCUGCUGUUAAGACAUCAGACAUUGCCGCGCCAACACCUGUCAGCCCGGGAAGGGCAGGAUAUGGCCACAGCAGAGAGCGAUCAAAUGGUGAGGUCGAAAGGCUCGGAAUGGGUAUGGGUCGACUUGGUUUUGGUCAGAUUGGAGGCGCAAAACCUGCAGCUACUGCACAAAAGAAGAUGGGUGGUUUCGGCUCCGUGGGACCUAUCAAGGCUACAAAAGAAGAUGACGAGGAGAAAUAUGCCCGUCAAAAGUUCGGUAGCCAAAAGGGCAUUUCCUCUGACGAAUUUUUCGGCAAGGGAUCAUUCGACCCGAGCGCACAAUCAGAAGCCAAGACUCGUCUACAAGGCUUCGAAGGAGCUACAGCUAUAUCAUCCAACGCUUACUUCGGAAGACCCGAAGAAGAAGAGACGGGAGAAGAUUACGGAGAUCUUGAAACUGCCGCAAAGGACUUCGUGAGGAAAUUUGGUGUCACAGCCGGUGAUGAUUUGGAAAAUUUGACACAAGUCCUCGGAGAGGGUGCAAGCAAACUUCAAGGUGCCAUCAGAAGUUAUUUGAACGGCUAA